AUGUCUGUUGUAUCUCGAAAAGAGGUUUUUGGGAACGACGAACCAGUUGACGACGCAGGCCACGAGUACACGUUUGAUCCUGGAAUCGAGUUUGAGAUCGUCGACGUUGCCGAUGUCGCUCCAAAGCCCCAGCCUGAGGCUAUAGAGACGUUUCCUCUGUUCUCUGGAGCAGCAGAUGUCCAGGUCAGUCUGGAGGAAAAGGAGUAUGUUUACGAGCUGAGGAGGGAAAAUACAGAGCGCCCGCAGAGCUACUAUAGUGCGCAGUACUCUUCGCAGGAGAAGGCCGAAUUUGAGCAGGCUGCCAUUGACGGCGAGGAGAUUAUUUCGCAGAGCAGAAAUGUCAUACCCAGCAAAUACAAACUUGUCGUUUUGGACAGGCAACAGGAUACGCAGAGACCUGUAACGGCAAGGACACAAACGAAACGGACGCACUCUUGCAAAUACAGCGACAGAGCAGAAUAA